GAUUGGUAUGUAACCGGUUUAAUAGUUGUCAUACAACAUAAUGGAAUGGUAUUAAAUGUUAUCGAAAUGCAAUUUUUAGAGAAUUGACUUGAGAUAGCGCCACAAUAAUAUUCUCCACACAAGUAAGUUUUUCCCAAGCCUGUCAUGCAUUAAAUGUUAAGGCUGAUCAAUUUUUUCCAUAUAUACUUGCAGAGGUAAAAAGAUCUGACAGUUUUCCACCACAACUACAAAUCAUGGCUCUAGAAGCUGGUUCAACAGCUCAAUCACAAAAUUCUGAGGCUGAUCAAAUUGUUCGACGGACAGCAAAUUACCAACCGAGCAUUUGGGCGGAUCAGUUUAUGAAUUAUGAUUCAGAAGACACUAUAAAUUAUGCCCAUAAGCAAGAAGAAGUUGAUGAACUGAAACUAGUAGUGAGGAGGGAAGUGUUCACAACCAGUGGAGAUGAUUUUUCAAAUCAGAUGAAACUAAUUGAUGCAAUCCAGCGCCUCGGCGUGGCGUACCACUUCGAAAAGGAAAUAGAAGAAGCACUGGAACAUAUAUAUGCUGCAAAUCAUUUCCAUGAUGAUGAUGGUGAUGGUGACCUAUACAAUGUUUCCCUUGGUUUUCGGCUAUUAAGACAACAAGGACAUAAUGUUUCAUGCGGAAUAUUCAACAAGUUCAAAGAUAGUAAAAAUGGAGGCUUCAAGGAAAGCUUAAUUGCUGAUGUGCCGGGAAUGCUAAGCUUUUAUGAAGCAACGCAUCUGAGGGUGCAUGGAGAAGAUAUACUAGAAGAGGCUCUUGUUUUCACGACAAAACAUCUGGAGUCGGCAACAACCCAUGUAAGCUAUCAACUGGCAGAACAAAUAGCUCAAGCCCUAGAGAGACCUCUCCGAAAGAGUCUCGAGAGGUUAUGCGCCCGUCGGUUCAUGUCCAUCUACCAAGAUGAAGCUUCACAUAAUGAAGCUCUAUUAAAACUUGCCAAGUCAGAUUUCAAUCUUGUUCAGUCUUUGCAUAAACAGGAGCUCAGUGAGAUUAUUAGGUGGUGGAAAGAACUAGACUUCGGAAGGAAGCUGCCUUUUGCAAGAAACAGAAUUGUGGAGUUAUACUGCUGGAUUUUGGGGGUCUAUUUUGAGCCCCAAUACCUUGUUGGAAGAAAAUUUGUCACAAAAAUUAUUGCCCUGAUGUCUGUAAUGGAUGAUAUCUACGACGCGUUCGGUACAUUUGCAGAACUUGAGAUCUUUACCGAAGCAAUUCAUCAAAGAUGGCAUGCCAAUUGCAUGGAUGGACUGCCAGACUACAUGCAAAUAUUCUUCCAUACGCUUUUGAAUGUUUUCAAUGAAAUUGAGGAGGAGAUGGUGAAGGAAGGAAGAGCAUACCGAGCUCACUAUGCAAAAGAAGCUUGGAAAACUACUGCCAAGGCUUACUUUGAUGAGGCCAAAUGGUUCCACGAAGGAUGCAUCCCAAGCAUGGAGGAGUAUAUGCGUGUUGCUGCAACUUCUGCUGCUAGCUUCGCACUUUCAACUACAUCUUUAGUUGGCAUGGGAGAUAUUGUAACCAAGGAGUCCUUUGAGUAAUGGAUAUAGUCUUUUGUGUAGUUGAGUCUAACUCUUGGUAGGUACCAAGUUUCAGGGAUCCCACAGUGCACAUGCUUUUUAUUGGGUGAUUCGAGACUGGCGAAAGAGAGUUAGACAAGAUGACUAACAAAAGGGGAAUUAUGGGAUGAUUGAAAUGGGUGUUAGUUCAUAUAAAUAGGCAUUCGGGGGACCAAGUGGUAUAAGCAUGGUACGGGACGUGCAGGUUUGCUUGUCCAGUUAUAUGAAUUAACGGGAUUAGAAUUGAAGAGCAUUCAUGCAUCAUUAUUAUUAUUAUUAUUAAUGUGAUAUUUUGGUUGUGUGAUUGCAUGUCACAUAAUUUAGUUAUAUCAAUCUAUUGUGGUAAGGUCUCAUGUCCCUACUGAGCGGUGGUUGCUCAUCCCUCACCCUGUUUAAUUUUUAAGAUGAAUUAGUAGGUAAGAAAAGGAGUAAACCAGUUGAGGCCGAAUUAGAUGAGAGUAAUAGAGCUGUAUUUAUUUAUUGCAAAGUUGUAAGAUUUUGGGAGCUAUUUUUAUAAGAGAAGUUUAAUUUUAAA